AGCGGAUUUUGCUGCAAGAGAAGAGGCAGCAGGCCAGGCCUUUUCCUUCGCCCACAGCGCCUACGUCGAAGGCUCCCAGGCUGGUUGCUCCACUGGCUGCUUGAGGUCCCCUCUCCAGACCCGCCGAACUGGCGGCCGGUGCUGUGGCCGAUCCCGCGCCGCUGCCUCGGGCCUUGGGCGGCAGCGCCACCGGGCCAACCCGCCUCUGCAGCGUUCCUGGCGUCAGCCCCUCUCCUCCAGCUUCCUCCGCCCCAACCUAGCGUAGAACCCCAAACUCCAGUCCCAGUCCACUUCCGCAGCUUCCUCCCCUCAGCAUCGCAGGUCGGAUCACGUGCGGGUCCUGUCACAUGACAUCAGGUCACGUGAGGCAGGUCACGCCCCGGGCAGCUUGGCUGGGGCUAGGCUUCCGGGGCUCUGCAGUCCUCGGCGUGUGCUGGCAGCCUUGGAGCCCACCGAGCCAGGCGGCUGGGAUGAUGAACUGGACGACCCCCGACCAGGAGCUGGCGCCGGCGUCGGAGCCCGUGUGGGAGCGGCCGUGGUCGGUGGAGGAGAUCCGCAGGAGCAGCCAGAGCUGGUCGCUGGCGGCCGACGCGGGCCUACUACAGUUUCUACAGGAAUUCUCACAGCAAACUAUCUCUAGGACCCAUGAAAUCAAGAAACAAGUCGACGGACUAAUCCGGGAAACCAAAGCCACAGAUUGUCGCCUGCAUAAUGUCUUCAAUGACUUCCUUAUGCUCUCUAAUACCCAGUUCAUUGAGAAUCGUGUAUACGAUGAAGAAGUGGAGGAGCCAGUACUCAAGGCUGAGGCAGAAAAAACAGAGCAGGAGAAGACACGAGAGCAGAAAGAAGUAGAUCUCAUUCCUAAAGUCCAGGAGGCUGUGAACUAUGGCUUACAAGUAUUGGACAGUGCCUUUGAGCAACUUGAUAUCAAAGCAGGAAACUCAGACUCCGAGGAAGAUGAUGCUAAUGGGCGGGUGGAACUGAUCCUUGAACCAAAGGAUCUAUACAUUGAUCGUCCUUUACCAUAUCUCAUUGGGUCAAAGCUGUUCAUGGAACAAGAAGAUGUAGGUCUUGGAGAGCUGUCCAGUGAAGAAGGCUCUGUAGGCAGUGAUCGUGGCAGUAUUGUGGACACUGAGGAAGAGAAAGAAGAGGAGGAGUCAGAUGAAGAUUUUGCCCAUCACAGUGACAAUGAACAAAACCGGCACACCACACAAAUGAGUGAUGAGGAAGAGGAUGAUGAUGGCUGUGACCUUUUCGCUGACUCUGAGAAGGAGGAGGAAGAUAUUGAGGACAUUGAAGAAAAUACUAGACCUAAAAGAAGCAGACCUACAUCGUUUGCAGAUGAGCUGGCUGCCCGCAUCAAGGGGGAUGCCGUGGGCCGAGUGGACGAGGAGCCGACAAAUGAAGAAGAUAACUUAUUCGCACCCCCCAAGCUGACCGAUGAGGACUUCUCGCCAUUUGGCUCUGGAGGCGGCCUGUUCAGUGGGGGCAAGGGGCUCUUUGAUGAUGAGGACGAGGAGAGUGACCUCUUCACGGAAGCCCCCCAGGAUCGGCAAGCUGGAGCCUCUGUUAAGGAGGAGUCUUCAUCAUCCAAACCUGGAAAGAAAAUCCCAGCAGGAGCUGUUUCUGUAUUUUUAGGAGACACGGAUGUGUUUGGUGCUGCCUCCGUUCCAUCACUGAAGGAGCCACAGAAGCCUGAGCAGCCCACUCCAAGGAAAAGCCCCUACGUUCCCCCUCCCACUGGCCUGUUUGAUGAUGAUGAUGGUGAUGAUGAUGACGACUUUUUCUCGACACCCCACAGCAAACCUUCUAAAACAGGCAAAGUCCAAUCCACUGCCGAUAUCUUUGGUGACGAAGAAGGAGAUCUGUUCAAAGAAAAAGCCGUAGCAUCGCCAGAAGCCACUGUGAGUCAGACAGAUGAAAAUAAAGCAAGAGCAGAAAAAAAGGAUUUGUUUUCUUCUCAAAGUGCGAGUAACUUAAAAGGUGCGUCUCUGCUGCCUGGCAAGCUCCCCACGUCGGUUUCCCUGUUUGAUGAUGAAGAUGAAGAGGAUAAUCUUUUUGGGGGUACAGCUGCUAAGAGGCAGACAUUGUCUCUACAAGCUCAGAGAGAAGAGAAAGCAAAAGCCUCCGAGCUCUCCAAAAAGAAAGCAUCUGCCCUGUUGUUCAGCAGUGAUGAGGAGGACCAGUGGAAUAUUCCUGCUUCACAGACCCACUUAGCAUCUGACAGCAGGUCUAAAGGAGAACCCAGGGAUUCUGGGACCCUCCAGAGCCAGGAGGCCAAGGCUGUGAAAAAGACCAGUCUCUUUGAGGAAGACGAAGAAGAUGAUCUUUUUGCCAUUGCCAAGGACAGCCAAAAGAAGACCCAGAGAGUGUCACUCCUCUUUGAAGACGAUGUUGAUAGCGGAGGCUCUCUGUUUGGCUCUCCUCCCACAUCUAUUCCUCCUGCAACAAAGAAAAAAGAGACUGUCUCUGAGGCACCACCUUUGCUGUUCAGCGAUGAAGAAGAGAAGGAGGCACAACUUGGAGUGAAGUCUGUGGAUAAGAAGGUUGAGAGUGCCAAGGAGUCAUUAAAAUUUGGGAGAACUGAUGUGGCUGAGUCAGAAAAGGAAGGACUUUUGACUAGAUCUGCUCAGGAAACAGUCAAGCAUUCUGAUUUAUUUUCUUCAUCAUCCCCAUUGGACAAAGGAACCAAGCCUAGAACCAAAACUGUUCUUAGCUUGUUUGAUGAGGAAGAGGAUAAAAUGGAAGAUCAAAACAUUAUCCAGGCUCCACAGAAAGAAGUAGGAAAGGGCCGCGAUCCUGAUGCCCGCCCCAAGAGCACAGGUGUCUUCCAGGAUGAAGAGCUGCUUUUCAGCCACAAGCUCCAAAAGGACAAUGACCCAGAUGUUGACCUUUUUGCUGGCACCAAAAAAACCAAGCUGUUAGAGCCAAGUGUUGGGAGCCUGUUUGGGGAUGAUGAAGAUGAUGAUCUUUUCAGCUCUGCCAAGUCCCAGCCUUUGGUACAAGAGAAAAAGAGAGUAGUGAAAAAAGACCACUCUGUUAACUCUUUCAAAAACCAGAAACAUCCUGAAUCCAUUCAAGGUAGUAAAGAAAAAGGCAUAUGGAAGCCGGAAACACCUCAGGACUCAUCAGGUCUCGCUCCAUUUAAAACCAAAGAACCAUCCACUCGGAUCGGGAAGAUACAAGCAAAUUUAGCGAUCAACCCAGCGGCCUUGCUGCCCACAGCGGCUUCCCAGAUCUCUGAAGUAAAGCCUGUUUUGCCAGAAUUGGCUUUUCCUUCAUCUGAACACAGAAGGAGCCACGGUCUGGAAAGUGUGCCUGUCCUUCCCGGGAGUGGGGAGGCUGGUGUGAGUUUUGAUCUUCCAGCUCAGGCAGACACCUUACACAGUGCAAACAAGAGCCGUGUCAAGAUGAGAGGGAAGCGUAGACCGCAGACCCGUGCAGCUAGGCGGCUGGCUGCUCAGGAGUCCAGCGAGGCUGAGGACAUGAGCGUCCCCAGAGGACCCAUUGCACAGUGGGCUGAUGGCGCCAUUUCCCCAAAUGGCCAUCGGCCACAGCUCAGAGCAGCCAGUGGAGAAGACAGCACUGAGGAGGCCCUGGCAGCUGCCGCUGCACCUUGGGAAGGUGGUCCUGUGCCUGGAGUGGACAGAAGCCCCUUUGCAAAGUCUCUGGGUCAUUCCAGAGGGGAGGCUGACCUUUUUGAUUCUGGGGACAUCUUUUCCACGGGCACUGGAUCUCAGUCCGUGGAGAGAACAAAACCCAAGGCAAAGAUAGCAGAGAAUCCUGCCAACCCACCAGUGGGUGGUAAAGCAAAGAGCCCCAUGUUUCCUGCUCUAGGUGAGGCCAGCAGUGAUGAUGAUCUCUUUCAGUCUGCUAAACCAAAACCAGCAAAGAAAACAAAUCCCUUUCCUCUCCUGGAAGAUGAGGAUGACCUCUUUACAGAUCAGAAAGUCAAGAAGAAUGAGACGAAAUCCAAUAGUCAGCAGGAUGUCACAUCAACAACACAAGAUAUUUUUGAGGAUGAUAUAUUUGCUACGGAAGCAAUUAAACCCUCUCAGAAAACCAGAGAGAAGGAGAAAACAUUGGAAUCUAAUUUAUUUGAUGAUAACAUUGAUAUCUUUGCUGACUUAACUGUAAAACCAAAAGAAAAGUCCAAAAAGAAAGUGGAAGCCAAGUCUAUAUUUGAUGAUGAUAUGGAUGACAUCUUCUCCUCUGGUAUCCAGGCUAAGACAACCAAACCAAAAAGCCAAUCUGCACAGGCCGCACCUGAACCAAGAUUUGAACACAAGGUGUCCAACAUCUUUGAUGAUCCCCUGAAUGCCUUUGGAGGCCAGUAGAGCACACAGGGUAUCCACAUGUUACCCUGCAGCUACAUUGUUGAGUUAGUGAUGAUGUUGUAUAUGCUGAUGGUCUUAACUGGGUUACAAAAAGCAAAUACUAGAACAGCUAGCUCAUCUUUUACCCAAUGUACUUAGUAUUUUUCUGCACUGGUUUAAUCAUGCUUAAUACUACAAAACAAAAAUAAAUAUUUCACAGUGGUUGGUUUGUUUUGUUUUUAAACCACAGUUUGAUUUAGUUAGCCUUGCUGGGGCCAUAAUAUGCUUCAGGGUGUGUAAAAGAAGAAAUCUCUUUGUGGCUUUCAUGGGCAGGGAAUCUCAGAGAUAGCAAAUGCCACCUGACCAGAAGUCUUUGUUAUAUGGAUGGGAACCCUAACUUAGGGCCUGGGCAGGGGAAAGAGAAAGAAGAUGAGAGAUUAUACUUCAUGAGUCUUAGCAAUAUGGGAGCAGGUUUUCACUGAAUUCUGAGGGUGCCUCUGCAUGUCCUCCAAGGCAAAGUUUGGCAAACUGUGGCCCCCCCACUGUCAUAUUUUGUUAAUAAAAUUUUAUUGGAACACAA